AACCAACCAGAUCCAAGGCGCACAUUAGGCCGUGGCUCUAGCAAUCGUCCGUCCAGUCUAAUCCCGGUUGGGUCGUGCCAAAAGAGAUGAGCGAAGAAUAAGGUGGGGCGAUCCACCACAUAAUACUGUAUGGCCAUUGGUUGCACGGCUACACGUCCUUUCAUUGUCACACUUCCUGACCUGUUCCCGACUGGGGGAGGAAAUCGUCGCUCAUGGAAUCUGACCUGCUUUCUAUUCAUCGCCGACGUCUUCACUCCGCGCCAGAGCCCACCACGUCGACCGCCGCGCUCCAAAAAACACCCCCGACUAAUUGGUAGACUCCGAAACCAUCGAAUAUUGCAGUCGACAUAAAUUAGACGGUGUCGCCUUUGCUCGAACUGGGUCGGCAAACCCGCGCGCGUCGCGACCGGAAAUUUCUUGUCGCCCAAUUCAUACCCGCCCAACCCUUUGUCCCGACGAACGCGCCGAUCGCGAUCCGACAACGCUGCAGGGCCCUUUGCACCGCCAGCAUCGGCAUUGCGGCCUGUAUGCAGCCUCGAUCGCCUAAUCAGUGAUGAGAGAGGUCGAUAGCCCGUGCCGUUAGUCGAGCUCGAGAAGGAAGGCGUUCUGGUUACGUCGACGGGACCUGCGUGAGCGGAAUCGACGCCUCCUCUUGUCGCUGGAGGAAGUGUCGCCAAACACGAAAAAGCAUUCUCCGCCCACGAUGGCUGCCGUUAUGAUGAAUGGCGUUGGCCCGGACGGUGCCAUGAAGCCGAAUCUAGACCAGAAGCUCAACAACCAUGGAGGCGAUACCAAGGCCAUAUCGAGCUCAGAGAUAGUACAACAACAGACACCUGCGCGGUCAUUACAGUCCGAUAAUCCUUUGAGGAUGAACGACUUGCCAGACGAAAUUGUGCACAUCACCGAGAACUUCUUAUCGCUCAAUCAACUACUUUCCCGUCUGGCACAAAGAUCCCACAAUGAACUGGAAGACACCAUCAGGUCUCUGGCAAAGAAGCCGCUGCCUAUGCCGCCGAUGCUCAACGGCAAUGCUGACCAUAACACGAUUGAGGACUUGAGCAAUGAGAACCUGGAUAAAAAGGUCACUCUGCUCAAGUUUGCCCAAGAGCAGCACGCAAAAUGGGUCAAAGCACUAGUAAUCACCGACUGGAGCAAGAAGGCGAGCACACUGAGCAAAUUGAUCGAUCUAAAGGUGCACAUGCACACGCAGAUGGAAAAGUACGACUUUGUUCUUGACCGGAUGAUGCACAACAAACGAAAUCUUGCCUAUGCCAGGCUCCCGAGCCCGGACCUAAAGACGGCAUUAGAGGUCCUGGCAAACGGCGAUGCCCCGUGGAUGCCGGAUCUUGGCUACAUCCCACCACCCGAGAUGAGCCCAGAGGAUCAACUGAAGUGGUUGGAGGAUCUCGAUACGCUUUUGUCGCUCAGGUUGACAAUCGAUGACCACGACAAGAUUCCGUACCACUUCAGGAAUUACAGGAUUGGGUCAGGCAGGGUCACCUUUAUCGUCAAGGGGGAAUUCGAGGUGGACUUGACGAUCGCAGACGACGACCCCGAGAAACAGUACUGGUUCAUUGACUUUCGGUUUCUCUUCCGACCAGCGCCGCCCGGACUUUCCGAAAACCUGCGGAUGUAUCUAGAGCUGAAGGUGAACGAAGUUCUAGGCGCGGAAGGACUUGCUGGAUGUUACAAGUACUUGCAUGAGCUUGUUUUGACGCACAAGAUCAACGAGCUGCGGAGACAGGCUAUGGAGCUCAGUGUCGGUAGAUGGGUCGACGCACUUAAUGUCGAGCGUCUCAACCGUUCAUUGGCGGUGCAGUACUGGACUUCUCGAUAUCCAGCCAAGGCCCCCAAUGCGCCCAAGAGCUGGAUAAUCAUUGGGGUACACAGUGCUGCCCCGUCGGGUGGUCUACGAGCUACAGCUCCUACGAGUCGCCUGGCCUUGAGAUGGUUUCGGGAUAACCAGGAGGUCAAGGACAUCGAGAUACCCCUGGACGAGGCAGAUCUGUCGAUGGAGCGGAUUUUGAAGGAUGUGAUCGGGCGCCAUACCCAACAAAUUCUUACAUUGAUGCACACAGGCUUGCGAAACAAGCCACGGUUCGUGAACAAGGAGGACCAUCUUGUCCUGGAACUUUCGAGGAAACAACCGUCCGAGUCCUUGUUGACGAUGCAACUCACAAAACUCGACUCUAUGGUUGUGCGGGUCGACCAGAUUGGUGGCACCUUUGCCGUACAACCUCGAACCCGACCCAUGCCCAUGGCCGAGUCCAAUCUCAACACCCCAGGCCGGGACCCUGUGGCGGUGAUUGGAUGGGUACGCAACACCUUUGCCAUGGAAGAGUUGGUCCGCCGCGGCAAGAGCCAGGGAUGGGUUGUAGGAAAACCGCCAGUCAAACCGGAUGACCUGCGUAAUAUACUUAGCAAUCGCGAACAGACCGACGCGAUGGCCUGGUUUAGGAAGCAGGGCUGGAGGCCUCAGUUUUACGUAUUGGCCCAUCUGAGUAUGAGUGGUGACCAGUGGUGGCUCAUAGAGCUGACUACGCCAAACUCCAACUCGGCCGCGUCGACCGCGGGAGGCAUACGUAUCAGGACUCACGUACAGCUGCAAUUUGCAUCUAAACAAGCAAUAAUGGAAUCCCCGUCCUUCUUCUCGGAUCUCAACUACUUCACCUCAGCUAUGAUAUCCAAGAUGAGAGACCUCAGGGAACUUCAUUCCAGGAGAAUCAAUCACAUCGACCAGCCAUGCAUCAGACCUGGCUUAAGUUCAAAUAUCAGGAUGCCCACAAUUUUCAUACGCACUUCCGAGGUUUUGCCGUCGCUGAGCGGCAAAGGUUCUUUGGGGCGAUGGGCUGCAGACGAGGUUCGGCUGUCGGUUGCCAAUGUCCAGUCUUCUUCCUCGACCGAGGUUGACAGAAGGGGCGAAAACCGGUCUGCCUUGUCGACGCGGAUGGAUUCGCGCAUCGUUAUAGCAUCAGAGGCACGUCUUAGGGUGUUGGAUAAAAGCAAGUUCCGGCAACUGAGCUCAAGGGUGGACCGCGAUGUUGCGUUUAACCACAAGACUGGAGAGUUUGUGCUGCAACUGAGGUCAGAGCUGGGAGAAACCAUGAUAGACAAGUUGAUUUCCCGGCUGCAGACCAUAGAGCGCCUCUACGAAUUCCUGGGAUCUAUUAGUCGCGCUCCCAGGGGUGUGCAAUGCGAGACGGUAACGCUACGAAGGGUGGUUUUCACUUACAGCGAUCUUCCGCAGCCAGUGAGUGAAGAGUUGGCUGCAUUACAACCGCCGACGAAACGAUGGAAGGUCGUGCUUGACUUUGCAGACCCGAGGACAGUCAAGCUUGUUUUGGAGAAGAACAACCCGCACAUACGUGCCGUCGACAUGCUGCAAACACUGGCCAACUCACCUCGCGGACUGGAGAGGCUGCCGUUCUACCUGCCAACCACACUUGCAGUGUAUCGGGCUCUAGAUUCAAUCAGCGAUGCGUGGCUGCAGCUACAGGUUUCGAGGAAGGGUACUUUUGAGAUUUUCACCAAGAACAUCGACCUGGCCACCAUCAGGUACGAUCUUCCAGGGCCGCAGGCGCGCCGCCUAACACUUGACGUCAAGCUAGUAUCACGUAGGGGAGAGCUAUCUUGGCACGUCAAGAGGACCGACGCGGAGCCCAACAAGUCCAACGAUGAGUUUAGCAGGGUACUCAAGGAGGUAUGGAAUACCAAGAGCCCCAACUGGAAGAGCCUUUCGACCAGCGCGUGCGGGCCAGCGUCGGCGGGCGUUGAGGAGCUGCUCAAAGGCAUAGACAAGGCUGUGCGGACCUUGCUGGAGUCGCCACCGCUUGUGUUGCAGCAGCAGCAGCAACGUCAGCCGGUGGUGCAGCCGGGUCAGCAACCCCAGGUCCAAAACCAAGCGAAUGGGGUCAUGAACAGGGGGCCACAGCGACCGGGCCUACCGGGAGCGGGGGGACUGGGGGCUCAGAUGCGGCAGAAGCAGGUACCGCAAGCCCCGAUGGGCAACCACGUCGUCGACUUGACCUAGCCGGUGCAUCCUGGGCAUUGAAGGUGCCCUUUCUUUUUGGGAGACCGGGGCGGCGCGUGGGGUUGGAGGGGCAUUUGGCCAUGGCUAUGCUGCCAUGGCAAGCACGGGCGAGAUUGAAUCGCUCACAAUGUUUUUACUUUGUAACGAAUCGGUGCUGAUCAAAGGUACAGCUACAGCCUGAUCACUUUGAGUGAUGAAAAAGGGGAUUCCCGAUGGCCUCAAUUGCAGCCUCAUUACACAGGACCAGGUAGCGUUGGGUAGCGAAAAUAAAAACAAAGUAUGGCAAAAUAUAUAUAUUGAUUCUG